GAAUAAUAUAAGUUAUCCCAAAUUAAUUGAAUAAAAAUUACCAAAAAAAAUACAAGUCAAAACAUCAACAAAUAUUUGGUUUUUAACUUUUUAUCGGGAUCUUCUAAUUAUUUAGGCAAAGGUUAAAAUAGCCUACCACGGAUAGAAGGCAAGAAAGAAAUUAGAGUACAUUGAACAUGGACAAUACAGAAGCAGCAAAGCAAAUCAAUCUCCAUGGCAACCUCAUCACUGCAUCCAACGAUGAAAAUCUAACAAACAUUUUUCACCGAAUCAGAACUUCCAAAUCCCCUGCGGUGAUCAACUUCGGUGCAUCAUGGUGUCGUGUUUGUGCAGAGAUACUCCCUUCGUUUAACCAAUUAAGCAACAAGUUCCCAAAACUUUCAUUUGUGUAUGCAGAUAUCGAUGAAUGCCCAGAAACAACUCAACAUAUUCGAUACACACCCACUUUCCACUUCUAUCGAGAUGGUGAAAGAGUCGACGCCAUGUAUGGCGCCGGUCAAGAGAGGUUACACGACCGUCUCUGGUUACACUCCUAAUUUUAAAUAAAUUAAACUUUAAGGGAUGUUUCUUAAUGGCUUAAUAGCUUAAUAGGUUAUCACUUAAUUUGGACAGCUAUAUAUGUAUGUUCAUUUUUUAUUUAAUCUUGGACAAAAUACUCAAAGGUUAAACCAAAAAAAACCAAACUUAAUGUAUUAAGACACUAACAUUUUACUUUGGAAGGUUUGGGAAGAUGGUCAUUAGGGACUCUUUGAUAUGUUGGAUUUGAUUAAGUCAAUAACUAUCAAACAACAUUAAAUCUAAUUAAGAUUGAUUAUUCAGUUUAGAAAAGAAACAUAAUUAUUGUUUUUGGGUGUGUUUAGUGAUAUUAUUACAGGUUUUUGAAGCUAAAUUCAUAAUACACAACAAGAACAUAACUUCAUAAAUUUUUUUAGAAAUUUUCUAUUCCAAUGACAAGU